AUGCCGUAUCUCAGAUGUUACAACAAGAUCGGAACGCUUGUUGAAAUAGCCACUGAUGCAGAUCAUGUCAGCCUCCCAAAUGAGGUUGUUUCGAUCGUAAUCGAAAACGGCGGAGAGGAGAAUAUGCACGGCAUACAAAUCCAUUACGAGGCUCUCUCUCGACUGCUCUUGAGUCAACCCCGAAAGCUUGACAAGAUAACCAUAAGGGAGAGAGCCAUUUUGCCACCGGCGAAUUUGGUUUUCCUGGCGGCAACAUUCAACAAAACAAAUUGUUUGAUGCUUCAACAGUGUCUUUGUCAUCCGGCUGAAAUUGGCUGUUUGGUUGCUGGUCUUACGCAGGCCGAUGGACCUCGGGAGCUACAUUUAAAUCUGCUCUUGGACGAUAUUCCAAACCACCUCUUUUUGAUGGUACUUCAAGCUAUUUCCUUCUCUCCGUCUCUGGAAAAGCUGGACUUGAUUGCCAACAACGACAUGACCGAAGACAAUUUGGCAGCUGGUUUGAUUGGAGCAAUCACAACCAAUCGCUCCCUGAAUGCACUGAUUCUCGGUCUACGCUGGGGCCACCCAAGCCAGCAAAUCAUGCAGCACGUCUUUCGUGCUGCAGCCCGCACUGGCCGCGUGAAAAACCUAAGCAUUUGGUACGCUAGCGUGUUUGGUCCCAGACAAUCCCUUGAUCACGAAGCCUUUAUGGAGGCAUUGUGCCAUCAGGAGUGUAAGAUUGAAAUGCUCCGCCUAAUGUAUAUCGAUCUAGUACGUGAGCCCAAUAGCCUCCAAAUGCCACAUGAUUCAAACGCCACUACCAAUAAUACAUCUUUGAAAGAUAUUUCGAUCGUAAGCGGGAGACUCGAUUGCUCACAAGCCUCGGCGAUAGUCCGUCGGUUUUCCUCACUCCGUUCUGUGGAAUUGCGUCGAAACGAUUUGCAAACCAUCUCAAUGUUUAAUGAUUUGCUCGUGCAAAACCAACUCCAAAGUUUGGUUCUAGAAAACAGCCAAGUUAACGAGGCAGAUGUAAAAAGCUUUUUGAUGAAACUACCAGCAACGCGAUCUCUCCGAAACCUGCAUCUGCUUGGGAAUAAUUUUCCUACUUCAAAGUCAUGUGUUGAGUUGCUGGAAAACUGCAUCACUCGAAACACUAGUCUUGAGAGAAUGACUAAGUGUGAAGUUCGCGAUUGCGACGAAGAUUGGAAAGAGUACUAUAAGAGAUCAUUCAGCGUUCCGCUCAGUCUAAACCGAGCAGGACGGCGACACUUGCAGAAUGAUGCGGGGGCUGAGUUGCCCGCAAACCUAUGGCCGUUGAUUUUGCAACGGGCCGGAAAGAUCUCGUACUACGGGGCUUUCGAUCAAUGGCAGCGUCCAACUAUGACUAGCACACGAGCGGAUGCAGUGUAUUGGCUUUUGACAGAGAGAAUACUCAUGUCAUGA